UGAAAUUAAAUAUUUAAUUCUACCUAUUGCUUUGGAAACCAUAAAUCGUGACUUUAAAAUUAGAUUUGGAUGGAAUAUAAUUCAAAUUUUAAACUAAUUUUUUUUCUAAUUUCAAUGCCAAACUACCAAAUAUAGCACAUAGUAAUAACAACCUCCCUUAAAAAUAAAAAAAAUAAAAAUAAAAAAUAAAAAAACGGCGGAAUGAAGCGUCUCAUCAAAAUUUGCCAAGUCAUAAUUUGUGGGUCAUGGCAACUUCUGAAGAGGAUGCCCACGAAAUCGUAUGGGGUUGCAAACUAUUACAGAAAAAUUGAAAACAAAAAAAAAAAAAAUCAUUAAGAGGGUAACAGUUGUCAAACCAUGAAAAAGCAAUAAAAUGCGAUUCAACUUCAGAAAAUGAGCACUCUUCACAGGCUCAUGAAAUAGAAUCGCUGCCAUUUUCUCAGAUCAGUAGAGAGAGAAAGGAAUAGUGGUCUUUGAUUCAAAAAGGGAGGGGAGAGAGAGAGAGCGCUAAAGAAAAGAGAAAUGGGGAGGAGAGGGCGAGGAAGAAAAAGAAAAGAAAAAUAUGAUUCAUCUACUGAGGACUCUUUCAACUGCCCGACACAUAAUUCACCUGUGCCGUCUAGACACCUAACUCAACAUUCAAAGGCGGUUCUUGGUCAGGGUUCUAACUCAAGAUAUCCAGUUCGAAGCAACAGAUGGAUCCCUAGUCACUGUUCCACAUUGGCACCAUCUAGUAGGGAUUCGACAGGAACAGAUAUUUCAAUUCCAUCAAUUGGAGAUAUUCCAAUCUCAGAGAAGAUUACUUCAGAAAUCCCCAUUCAGAUUCAGGUGUCUAAUUCUCCAGCUGCCUCCUUGAUGUACCCAAGUCAACACAAAAAGAUGACUCCCAAUCAUACUGGCACCCCGAGGUUGGCAAAGAGGGGGAAAAAAUUAGACAACUUUGACAAUUCCAUAUCAAAAACAAAUACGAACAAUGAUGAAGUGAUUUCCCCUCAAACUCAGGCCCAACAAGUUGCUGUUCUCUCUGCACCCAAGGAGGUUGUAUCUGACAACCAUCUAUCAAUAAGGGAGGCUAUUGAAGCCUCAAAUAUUGUUGGGAGCAGACUAGAAGGGAGUGUCAACAACAGUAACCAAAGGGAGCAUAGAAGCACCAGAGGGAUCCCCAGUCACUCUUCCAUUUUGACACCAUCUAAGAGGGAUUUCACAGAAAAGGAUAUUUCAAGUCCAGCAACAGGGAAUAUUCCAACCUCAGAAAAGAUUACCUCGGAACUCCCCCUUCAGACUCAGGUGUCUAAUUCUCCAGCUGCCUCCUUGAUGCACCCAAGUCAACACGAAAAGAUGACUCCCAAUCAUACUGGCACCCCGAGGUUGGCAAAAAGGGGCAAAAAAAUGGACAACUCUAUAUCAAAAACAAAUACAAACAAUGAUGAAGUGGUUUCCCCUCAAACUCAAGCCCAACUAGUUGCUGCUCUCUCUGCACCCCAUGAGGUUGUAUCUGACAACCAUCUGUCAAUAAGGGAGGCUAAUGAAGCCUCAAACAUUGUUGGGAGCACACUAGAAGGAACUGCCAACAACGGAAACGAAAGGGAAGAGCAUGAAAGCACCAGAGGGAUCACCAAUCACUCUUACACAUUGACACCAUCUAAGAUGAAUUUUACUGAAAUGGAUAUUUCGAGUCCAGCAACACGGGAUAUUCCAACCUCAGAGAAGAUUACUUCAGAACUCCCCCUUCAGACUCAGGUGUCUAAUUCUCCAGUUGCUUCCUUGAUGUCCCCAAGUCAACAUGAAAAGAUGAUAACCAGUCAUACUGGCAGCCCCAGGUUGGCAAAGGAGGGAAAAACAAUAGGCAACAUUAACAAUGUAUCAAUAUCACAUACAAACAAUGUUGAAGUGCACAGAGAGAAUUUAAUUUCCGAAGUGAUCCUCCCUCAAACUCAGGAAGGUGAAGAACUCAACCCAGCUGCAGCUCUCUCUGCACACCAUGUAAUUGUAUCUGACAAACAUCUGCUGACAAGGGAGGCUAAUAAAGCCUCAAAUAUUGUUGGGAGCAUACCAGAAGGGAGUGCCAGCAAUGGUAACCAAAGGGAAGUGAAUCUAGGCCAAACUUUGAGUCUUAACCUUACGGAAAUGGCUGAAACGUUGGAUGACGAUCUCGAUGAGGUUGGAUCUUUUCUUGAUCCUGCUUUGGUCACCGUUAAUGGGUACAGAGUGAAGCCAGAAUGGGCAUCUCUCCUUAGAGCAAUAUUUUUGAGAUAUGGAGAUAUUGCUAAGGAUUGCUGUUUUGUGAGUACUAUUAGAUCUCGUUCGUUUCUCCUGGAGAUAAUAUGUGAGAUCAUCCAGAAAUUACAGGAUACAGAAUUCGUACAUUUCACGCCUGCGGACCUCAAUUCCAUGCUUGAUCAAGUUUGUGAUCUGGAAACCGCAAAGCUGGAAGUUGGAUGGCUGCGUCAGAGGCUGGAUGAUAUUUCUGAGGCCAUGAGGCUGUUCAGGGGCUAUUCCAACCUGAAGGAGGCACAAAGAAGCAGAAUUCAAGCCAUUGAGAAAAAAAAGGAAGAGUUAAAAAGCUUCAAGGGUCAGAUUCUAGCUUUACAGGAGAGAGUCGUUUUAGCAGAGGAUGAGCUGACUCCAAUGAAGGCUGAGGCUGAGAAGAUUGAUGAGACAAUCACCGAGUCAAAGGCAAAAGUAAAAUGUUUUUAUCAACAAUCUUUGGUACAUGGCCUACUUUAGUUUAAUGUCUCCAUAACCAAACUCGUGUUUUGUUUCGAAUGUCGUAGAUGUUUCUUAUAACUUAGGAGUCUAAGAAAUUCUACUAUUUUCUGGUUGAUAGUCUCCUUUGCUGAAGUAGUAGUUACUGACUGCAUUAUAACGAUGUGUGCUGUGACUGGAAACUAGAGUUUUCUAUGGCCUUAAAUUCACACCAUAGUUUUUAAAGCUGUGAAACUUAUUGAGGAACUUGUAUAUACAUCCCUUGCAGUUUUUGGCCUACAUUGCUUAC